GACGGGCAGCGCUGCGGCGAGGCGGUGGAAACAGCCGGAAUGUUCCCGUGCGCCGCUGCUGAUUGGUGCACGGACUCUGAUCGCAUCAUUACUCGCCCUUUGACCCAGUCACUGCCUCAGCCUGCCUCCAUAUAAGCCACCUCUCCGCCAGCCCUGCCCUUUCUCUCUUUCCUUACUCUUACCCUCAACCUACAGCACCAAACAGAGCUGUUUCCAGUACAUACACAACCCCAUCACACAUCAAACACAGAAGACAACACGCAACCAUGCAGAUCUUCGUCAAGACCCUCACCGGCAAGACCAUCACCCUCGAGGUUGAGUCCUCAGACACCAUCGACAAUGUCAAGGCCAAGAUUCAGGACAAGGAGGGCAUCCCACCAGACCAGCAGCGUCUGAUUUUCGCCGGCAAGCAACUCGAGGAUGGCCGAACCCUUGCCGACUACAACAUUCAGAAGGAAUCAACCCUCCACCUUGUCCUCCGACUCCGUGGUGGUAUGCAAAUCUUCGUCAAGACUCUCACCGGAAAGACCAUCACACUCGAGGUUGAGUCCUCAGACACCAUCGACAAUGUCAAGGCCAAGAUUCAGGACAAGGAGGGCAUCCCACCAGACCAGCAGCGUCUGAUUUUCGCCGGCAAGCAACUCGAGGAUGGCCGAACCCUUGCCGACUACAACAUCCAGAAGGAGUCUACUCUGCAUCUCGUCCUCCGUCUGCGCGGUGGUAUGCAGAUUUUCGUCAAGACGCUGACUGGAAAGACCAUCACGCUGGAGGUCGAGUCUUCGGAUACUAUCGACAACGUUAAGGCAAAGAUUCAGGACAAGGAAGGUAUUCCUCCAGACCAGCAACGUCUAAUCUUUGCGGGCAAGCAGUUGGAAGAUGGUCGUACCCUUGCCGACUACAACAUUCAGAAGGAGUCGACACUUCACUUGGUGCUCCGUCUGCGUGGUGGUAUGCAAAUCUUCGUCAAGACACUCACCGGCAAGACGAUUACUUUGGAGGUGGAAUCAAGCGAUACCAUUGACAACGUAAAGGCGAAGAUUCAGGAUAAGGAGGGUAUCCCUCCUGACCAGCAGCGUCUCAUCUUUGCUGGUAAGCAACUUGAGGACGGCAGGACGCUUGCCGACUACAAUAUCCAGAAGGAGUCCACGCUCCACUUGGUGCUCCGUCUACGUGGCGGUCAGUAAGCGUGACGACAGUCUACGAUAUCAUUCUGGGUAUGGCGUUUAUGACAUGAUUCAGCCUACGGGCUGCGUUAAAGCGGGUCGGUUUUAUUCAUAGUUCAUACGGCU